AACAGUCCAACAAACAAAAAAAGACUUCUUGUGAAAGCCUAACGCGAUUAGAAGUUAUUGCGUGUUAUUUAUUAAAAUUAUUGUAUUGCAAAUCCAUAUCAAAUAACUAAAAUAUGUGUAUGAACUCUUGAGUGAGUGUUCAGUUUAAAAUAUUUUACAUAAGGGAUGUACAUUGAAAUCUACUCGAAUGCUCAAGUGACCUAGCCAGCCACGGCCACCAUUUUAGAAUUAAGUAGUCAAAGAAAUAUUCGGGCAAGAUGGUGUCGACGAGGCAGAUGAGUAGUAUAGGAGGUGGCAAUGGAAGUAGUGAAGGAUCCGGCCCAUCGCAUGCGGAACCCGUGACUGUGGCGCGUGUUACUCGCCACUCCAGUGCCUUGCUCCCUGGGGGCUCAUCGCCGCACGCUAGUACUUCUAGUACAUCAAAAAAUUCAUUAGUUUCGGCACCCAAAUCCUUCUCUACUAAUAUACUUGAUUUACCUGUUGAAGUCAUUGAAAAGAUUUUUCGCUAUCUGGGCUUUAAGAGUGUGUCACAUCUUAGAAUGGUUAACCGACAGUUCAAUACAAUAUGUAGUGGAGUAUUGAAUUCAACAUUUCAACGGUUACAAAAUCAAAUGCUACAUCGGUUUCAAGCUAUCAAGGCAAAGAUGCCCCGAAGGGAAUCGGCAAGAAGGAGUCACCCGUUGGCGUGUGAAUCAGAUAUCAUUGAAACUUUACACAUGAGACUUAGCUUAUUGCAAAUGACCUUCGGCAAACAUAUUGAGAGAAAACAUUGUUGUUUCUUUCCUGGAGAGAUCUUAGAUGAGGUGUAUAGUAUUUUGUCAUACUUAAAAACUACAACAAAGCUGGCAAGGCCGUACAAAGUAACGGAUGAGUUGUUUGAUUUAACAACUAUGGCUAUGGAAUAUUUUAAGGAGCACAUUGAACCCAAUUUGCCAGAGAUUACGUAUUUUGGCACUGAUUUCUUUGAUAUAACAACAGCUUUUUCACCCGGCGAGAGCAGCAAGUCGUACAUAUGCCUCGACUCGCCGCCGCCCAGCGGGUUCGAGUCCACCUCGCAGCAGGCGGGCGGCAACUCGUCGGGCGACCGGCGCGUGUCCUCGCAGACGUUCUACAUGGAGGAGAGCCUGCCGCCCUCCCCGCCGCCGCCGCAGAGCAACAUGGUGCUCAGGAAGCGGAUACACCGCAUCAAGCAGGGGAUGAAGAAGUACAACGACCAACUGUCGGCGUUGCGCAGCGACCUGCGCAGCUGUAAGCGGAAAACUGCGUUACAACAGAAGCAGAUUGCCGAACAGCAGAAACAGAUUGCGGAACAACAGAAACAGACGUUGGAGUACGCGAAUCGGUUGGACGAUUAUGAUAAGAAGAAUGAGGAGACCAGCCGCAAGUUUCAAACUUUAUUACAGGAGCUGAACAAGUGCAAGACGGAGCUGCAGUACUGGCGGUCGCGGUCGCCGGCCGUGCCGCCGCUGUGCGCCGAGUGCGGCGCCUCGCUGCGACUGUCGCCCGUCGCGCUCGCUCAGUGGCCGUCCGGCUCGAGCACGGAAGCGAGCGAAGCAGAAACAGCGGGAGGUAGCAAAGACCCCGUCACCGUUGCCGAAGUGGCCUGUAGCACGGAGAUACCGUUAAAGGAGAAGGUUGAAACACGUGAAACGGAAGAAGUAGCCGGCACACCGCCAGCCAGACGUCGCGCGUCAGCCGAUGCGCCCGCAGCGCCCAGCGGCACGCCCGAUAGGAAGAAGCGUCGCCUUACACGACCGAGGAAGCUUUGAGUGACACCGAUGCGAAGCCGAUGUUUGCGCGAGUAGAGACGACUUUGAAGAUCUACAAGCGCGUUUGGUGUCCAAGAUCACCUUUGUUUGCGCGCGUAAUAACUAUAACAAUAAACAGCCGUGAUGCUGUUUGCGUGUGCACUAAGUGAUCGAGAUCGUCUAAACACUUGUGCGACCAAUACUUGCACGUUUGGUAACCAAGAUCGUCUUAUGUUCGCCUCUCCUAUUGACCAUAACAAUAAUAACCUUGUUGCUGUUUGAUCGCUUAAGGGAAGAUCGAUAGUGCGUGGCGCGCCUAGUGAAUAUGAUCGUCUUCUGUAUGCGCGCCUAGUUGCCAAGAACGUUUAAAAACUUGCGCAUUUGAUGACUAAGAUCGUCUUCUGUUUGCCUCUCCUAGCAACCAUAACAAUAAACGACCUUGUUAUUUUCGUGAUCAGUGAUCAAGAUCGUCUAACAAGUUGCGCGCCUAGUGACAAAGAUCAUCUUUUUUUUGCGCGCCUACUGACCAUAAUCGCAAGACAUAAACUACUGUGUCGCUGUGUACGUGCUUAGUGUCGUCAGAUCGUCGUCUAUUCGCGUCGCCAAGCAACCAAUUUAGCAAUCGACCAUGUCGAUGCUUUCUCGCUAAUUGAACAUUCGUCUCCAUCUCUGCGCGCUUAUUUACUAAGAUCGACGCGCUGUUUGCGCGUGAAACAAUAUGUCAAUCUGUGACUUUGUGUGCUCCAAGAUCUAACCCAUAUUCACUGAUUUCUGGCCAAGUAAAGUGAAAAUCGAUCAGCUAAUAAAACUGUGCGCGCUUCAGCCUCAAGCCCAAACAUAUUGACCCUGCAAAUGUGAAAAGUUCAAGAUCAUAACGCCGUCCCCGGAGAAUAAAAUGAUAAUCGCCAUUACCAUAGUUUUAUUGUUAUGCGAUAUUUGAAGCCUACGUAGCUUAAUACAUCUAUACAAUUUUUUUUUGUAUUUUUUCUCCUGUUAUCCACAAAGUUAUAGGAUAUUACAAUUGUAUUCACUGCUUUUUCCCAGAACAUAUUCGUACUAGAAAAAAAAGAUAGUAAUAUGAUAGUGAAAAAGUUUCUUCACUCUUUAUGUGGUAAUAACUUUUACAAUAAUAUUCUCGGAAAAAAGAAACGGCGAAAUAAUGACGAACGCCUAUUAUCAUUUUAUUCUCGUAAAAAUAUGUUUUGGCGCCAUUCGUAUGAUCAUGUACAUUAUGAUCACGAUGUAGAUCAGGAAGACUGAUUUUAAUUAUUUUUAGUGUAUUCAUUUUUAUGUAAUAACUAAUAGUUGAUUACUCUAAUAUUGUUUAAAAAAAAACCCAGAAUAAAAGUUCAUUGGAUAUUAUCCAUUAAUGCAUAUGUCCAAUAUAAACGAGAAUAAAAUGAUAAGUGUGUAUUAGUAAAUUUACAUUUCAGUCAAAUGCUACUAACUUUUUAAAUUUUAAUUAUCUUCAGUUCUCUUAAAGUUAUUAAAAAUAUUUUGAAACAUAAUAAAAGGUUAAAAAAUUAGCUACCACUGAGCCUUUUUUUAUAUCUCUACGUCUAUUGCUUUGCGAGUUAUAGACAAUUAUCGGUUUUUUAUUUCUCCUGAAAAGUUGUGUUUUUGCUGUUAUCAUUUUAUUCUCCGGGGACGGCGAUAAGAGAAUCCAUCAAUCUGCUGUUUUCAAACUAUAUAGUUACGUACGUUAAGAUCUGUGAGUCAAACGGUUCAUGGUAUAAUAGCAGAAACAAUCUGCUAUUUAAACAUUCUGAUUCUGGCGAAUCUGUUGGAGAGGAACCCUACUGAUUAUCUUGUCUUUGAUUUUGUGUAUUGUACAAAUAAUUAGAAAAAAAAAGCGCAAAGGGUCUGGCAAUCUUAGUACCCAUACAUGUGAAGAUGAAAUCCGAAUUAACAGACUAACUUGUAUUUUUGUGUGCUCAAUUAUUCUGGACAGGCUUAAGUUUUGGUAAAAACUACUAUUUAUCAAUCGGAACUGAUUUCAACAAAAUCAGCAGGUACCCUUAUAAGGUUACAAUGAAAUCCCUAAUAAUUACUUUUAUUUUGAACUUAAAACUCAAACAUUUAUUUAUUCAAUUAGAUUUCAUUUAAAUUGUUAUGACAUAGUUUACCGUUAAGUCUGCCAAUGUCCCUUAUAAUUAUUUUUGAGCAUAUCUUAAAUUCAGUAAUGUUUGGAUAUUCGCAGGUUCGAUAAUUGUUCUUUAGUUGAUAUCGUGUCAGCUCGAUUAUUUGAAUUUUUUUAGAUUACAUUUUACGGUUUAGAAUUGAGGGGGUUAAAAUGUGUAGUCAAGUCGCUACUUCGUAAAAUAGUAAAUUUGAACUUAUAUAUUGAUUUCCUUUGUUAAAUCGUCGUCAUUUUUUUACAUUGAGUACAAUACGCAUUUGUAUUACUCAGUUUAGAAACUUAAAACUUGAUUGAAAUUUAUAAAUAUUUAUAUUUAUUAUAUUGAAUAUUAACUCCGACGACGACAUCAAAAUUCGUAUAUUAAUAAACUUCGAUGUAUGUUUUAUGUAUUGUAUUCUAGGAAGUAUUAGACAUGGUUCAACAUUUAUAACUUAUUUGGUCAAAGUAUGAAUUUAGAAUCGCCUCACAAGAUGCUUUCCGCCGUUAUACCUAUAAAUAUUAUCUUGCUUUUAUAGGAAUUCAAAAUUCCAUUUUCUUAUAUAUUUGUAUGUAUGUAUCUUCCUUAUAAUUUAUUAUUACUUACUAUUAUAUCUAUUGGCAAUAUAUUAUGUUUAAAAAAAAUUAAUCAGCGCAAAAUGUGCUUAAAAGUAGUAAUAAGUAGUAACACACUCAA